AGCUUUUCAUCCCCCCGUGGGUGAUGCUCGCACAACUCAAUUCCACAACCAUAAAACAGAGUCACCUUCGUCUGUCAAGCAAAAGAGCUCCCUCCCUCUAUGUUUCUCCUGAGUCACCUCCUUCGAGAUCAGAAGAGAUCUUUAAAAAAGGGGGUAACAUGGGAGUUGGUCGUGAAGUUCAGAUCUCAUUGGAUGGGGUGAGAGAUAAGAACUUGAUGCAAUUGAAGAAGCUCAACACAGCUCUAUUCCCUGUUCGCUACAAUGAAAAGUAUUACGCUGAUGCCCUCGCUUCUGGCGAAUUUACAAAGCUAGCAUACUACAGUGACAUUUGUGUUGGUGCAAUAGCAUGCCGCCUUGAGAAAAAGGAAGGUGGUGCAGUCUGUGUUUAUAUCAUGACACUGGGUGUUUUGGCCCCAUAUCGUGGUCUAGGGAUAGGCACAAAGCUGUUGAAUCAUGUCAUAGAUCGCUGCUCCAAGCAAAAUAUUUCAGAGAUUUACUUGCACGUGCAGACAAACAAUGAGGAUGCCAUCAACUUCUACAAGAAAUUUGGGUUUGAAAUCACGGAUACCAUAAAAAACUACUACACAAACAUUACACCACCUGACUGUUAUGUGCUUACUAAGUUCAUCGUUCAACCUCAAACCAAGAAAUGACAUUCAGAAGCUGGUUUUGUACUAAAACCCUAUUAAGUAUUAUUUCUUGGACGUAUUGGAUCAAUUGAAUGCAAGAUUUCAGGCUAGUUUUGAAAGUCUUAAAGAUGCUAGUAAUUGUAUCUUUCGUUCAAAGUUUUGGAUUAUUAACCAUUGUUUAUAAUCUGUUUGGUGUUCUUGGCUUGAGUUGGUAGUCGUGUACUAUUGAAGAUUGAAACUAUAGUAGUUCAGAUUCAAAAUUUUCAUUUUAAUAUUAAUAGAGUAGUUCAGAUUGAUUGAUUGAUUGA